CUGCUGUGGGAUUCAAUGACUGAGUGGGACACUCUAGAGGCUGAGUGGAUGCAGUCUAAGUUUGAAACUCUGGACCCUGAGCAACUGAAUUCCUUAGUGCUUAAAUUUGCUAAAUUUGUACAUCAGCUGGAAAAAGGAUUACCUCCAAAUAAUGUAGUCCCGCGAUUGAAAGAGAAGGUGGAAAAUAUGAAAGAAAAGGUACCAGUGAUAACUGACCUAAGAAAUCCAUGUCUGAAGCCACGGCAUUGGUCAGCCCUAGAGGAGGAAAUCAAUGCUACACUGAUAGACUCUGAGAACCCACUGUCUUUAGAAAAGCUUAUUGAAAUUGGUGCAUUUGAGUGUUCCCAGACAAUUCAGGACAUAUCAGGACAGGCUUCUGGAGAAGCAUCACUGGAG